UUUUUACAAGAUUAAUGGUGGGACACAGCCGGUUGAAUAAGACUUUAAAUGUGAUAGGAAAGUAUCCAACAGGAAAGUGUUAUUAUUGCCAGGAAACAGAUACUGUGGAGCAUGUGUUGCUACAGUGUGGGCAGUAUCAGAGGUAAAGAGAGAGGAUGAGAUCUCGUAUGAGGAAGAUAGGGAUACAGGGAAUUAGUUUAAAGUAUUUAUUGAGUAAAACUUCCUUAGAUAUAGUCUCAAAUAUGUUGUUGUGUUUUUUAAUAGCAACAGGGCUGUCAGGUAGGAUUUAUUAUUUCCGUGUCUUUGGCCCACACUCCAGUACAGUUAGUGGCGGUAAUGCACUCUAACGUUGGAUGCCAACCGCUGAUAAACCCCACCGAAGAAGAAGACGUGUAGAACUGUGACAUAUCUGGGUUAUCUUUAUUGUCUGUGCAUCAACUCUUUAGACGUGCCAGUCCUGUGAGAGAUUGAUUGUCAUUUGAUUUCAAUGGUUUUAUCGGGCUGACCAGUCAUUGGAAGUAUACCGAUUUUUGUAUUUGACUUGCGGUGCUGUUGUUGUUAAACAGCUAGUGGCAUGCUUCUCACUGGCAGUGCUAGCGGUCGGCUAACAUAGCCAGCUAGCUUGUUUAGCUAGCUAUCUAGUUGCCAUUCAUUGAUUCUGACUUUCUGUUUUUAUUUUCGUUAACGUUAAUUGGUUGGCGAGCUAACGUUUAUUAGCAUACGCUAGUUGCUUUGAUUAAGGCUAGCUAGCUAGGUUACUGAUUUAACUGCAACGAUGCUAUGGUCAGUUUAUGACAAGAUGUUGGACUACCGAAAACUAGCUACCUAGCUAAAGUUACAAUUAAAUAAUGGGAGGUUUAGUUGACUAAUUGUAUUUGAAGAAGUAAGCUAGAGGGAGCUAGUGAUAGUGGUUUAAAUGGCAAAAAUAGAACCAGGAAAUGGACGUAAGUCAGCAGAGUCCCACAAAAGUUUGCGGGGCACGACAGAAAGUCUGGCACUGACAGAUGGAGAAGGCAACCCCUUCGGCUCGGACUCGGAACUAAAUGCCUAUACCAGUGAGAGACAGACGGAUAAAUAUGGAUUUAUUGGGGGUGCACAACAAUAUUCAGAACACUCAGCUGAAAACAUCCCUCCUGAGGUGCUGAGGCAGAGGGAGGCCAAAUGGCUGGACAUGCUCAACAACUGGGACAAGUGGAUGGCAAAGAGACACAAGAAGAUGAAGCUGCGCUGUCAGAAGGGCAUACCCCCCUCUCUGCGAGGCCGGGCGUGGCUCUACCUGUCUGGAGGAAAGGUGAAGAGGGAGCAGCACAAGGGCAAAUUUGAGGAGCUGGACAGCCAGGCGGGAGACCCUAAGUGGGUGGAUGUGAUAGAGAGGGACCUCCACAGACAGUUCCCCUUCCAUGAGAUGUUUGUGGCAAGAGGAGGCCAUGGGCAGCAGGACCUGUACCGUGUCCUGAAGGCCUAUACUCUGCACCGGCCAGAGGAGGGUUACUGCCAAGCCCAGGCUCCCAUUGCUGCUGUGCUGCUAAUGCACAUGCCUGCUGAGGAUGCAUUCUGGGGUCUGGUCCAGAUCUGUGAGAAGUAUCUUCCUGGAUACUACAGUGCAGGGCUGGAGGCGAUCCAGCUGGAUGGAGAGAUCCUGUUUGCUCUGCUGAAGCGGGUGUCUCCUCUGGCCCACCGCCACCUGAAGAAGCACAAGAUGGACCCCAUCCUGUACAUGACGGAGUGGUUCAUGUGUGCCUUCUCCAGAACCCUGCCCUGGGUCUCCGUGCUGCGUGUCUGGGACAUGUUCCUCUGUGAGGGAGUGAAGAUCAUCUUCCGGGUGGGCCUGGUGUUGUUGAAGUGCAUGCUGGGCUCCCAGGACAAGCUGAAGACGUGUCAGGGCCAGUAUGAGACUAUGGAGCUGCUCAAGACCAUAGAUACACGCUACAUGCAGGAGGGCUUUCUAGUACGGGAGAUUCUAGAGCUGCCAGUGUCAGAGCGGGACAUUGAGAAGGAGCACCUGGCAUCAGUGCGGCGCUGGAAGGAGACCCGGGGUGAGUUGCACUGCAAGUCCCUUCCCAGAAUGCACGGCGCCAAGGCCAUCAUGGCUGCCGAGCCGCCCAGUCGCCAAGACCUGAGACAGAACCCCACCAUCAUUGUCGAGUCGCCCCUGGCAACCAAGAGCAAUGGGGAGGACAAGGAAAGGAAAAAGACCAAAGAGGAGAAGAAUGGGAAGAAGAACAGCUCUCCGACCCCAGUGGCAGCCUACCUUGAACCCAGCGAGCCCUCCCCCCUCCUCAAAGACACAGCCCUGCUGGGCUCCAAUCAGAGCCUGAGCAGCACAGAGCAUGACACCUACCUGUAGCAGGUUAUAUUGGUGAGCACUAGAGCGCUCUGUGGGGGCAUUUUCCUGCCCUGACCAAUGAAAGAACUUGAAUGACGGGUUGAGGGAAAAUCAAUCAUCUGUAUAUCAUCUUCAUAAGGAAAUGAACAUUUGCAGGACAAUUCCUGUCACUAGACCAAAGCUUGUUGAUUUGAUGUUUUGACAUACAGUAUGUGUUGUAAGAUCCAUGCUGUCUGAAUUAUUCCUGAGUGUGUUUUUGAUUCUUUGCUGAGCUCCAGAGAACAGAGUUGAGUGUGUGUGUGGUGUCAUGCAGUGGGAGAAACAUGGUAGAAUGCCAGUUGAUGGACCACUCAUAUACUCAGCCAUGUUGAUUUCAUCUAGCCGUUUUGAUGAAGUAUAAGCUAUUUGUGUAUAGCUGUUUAUUAACUGGGCAUAAUUUCUUUGUAUACAUUCAUCUAUGUUUCACAUAAAUGUGUGUCACGGUCAAAUAUUUACCUGUAGAUAAGAUUACAAUUGCUGACGUUUCUGAAGGGAACAUCUGUAUGAAAGAACUGGGUAAAAAAAUGAUUGUACAUUUUUGUAUGGUAAAAGGAUGAUUUCUAUAAAAAUUGCUGUAGAUUCACACUUGCACAUAGUAUAAAACAUAAUAUACUAUAGAUUUUAUAUUUGUCUAAGAUGAAGCACUUUGUCCCUGGUCACUCCCUUUAAGAAUAGAAUUAACAAUAAUAUUUUGUUUGUCUUCUGUAAGAUUGUCCGUGUGUGUAUACACACUGAACAAAAAUGUAAACACAACAUGUAAAGUGUUGGUUUCAUGAGCUGAAAUAAAAAAUCCCAGAAAUGUUCCAUACGCACAAAAA